AUGGCGUGGGAUCAUCUAUCUAUAAACCGACCGCAUCUGGUCUACAUCAUCCUCGGUGGCUUCACCAGCUUGUUCAUGCUGUGCUCGUCCCUCAUCAAAGAGCGCCUGUACAUCGGCGAAGCCACUGUAGCCACCAUCUGUGGCAUAAUCUUCGGUCCCCAUGCCGCGAACCUGAUCGACCCCAUGACAUGGGGGAACACCGAUCAAAUCACCCUCGAAUUCUCACGCAUUGUCUUGGUUGUGCAAUGCUUCGCGAUUGGCGUCGAAUUGCCGCGAUCGUACAUGGAGAAGCAUUGGCGGUCGGUCACGUUGUUGCUCGUCCCGGUCAUGACUUUUGGGUGGCUAAUCACCUCUUUAUUCAUUUGGUGGAUGUUCCAUGAGCAGAUGAACUGGCUGGACAGUCUUAUCGUUGCGGCAUGCGUGACGGCCACCGAUCCCGUUUUGGCAUCCUCCGUUGUUGGAAAGGGCAAAUUCGCAAAGCGUAUCCCGAAGCACUUGCGAGACCUCCUCUCCGCGGAAUCAGGCUGCAAUGACGGAAUGGCCUUUCCGUUCAUUUACAUCGGCCUAUAUAUUAUUCGAUAUCGACCGGACGCGAACAAGGUCGCUUUCCAUUGGUUCUGCUUCACCGUUCUGUACGAGUGCGUCUUCGGUGCUAUCUAUGGCGUUUUAAUCGGCUAUAUUGCUCGUCGGGCCAUUCGGUACGCGCACGAGAGGGACUUCAUCGACAGGGAGAGCUUCCUUGUGUUCUACUUCGUGCUGGCCUUGUUCUGUGCUGGCUCCGGCAGUAUCCUUGGCGUGGACGACCUACUGGUAGGCUUCGCAGCAGGCGUCGGGUUUAGUAAUGACGGGUGGUUUCUCGAGAAAACGGAGGAGUCGCACGUUUCGAACGUCAUCGAUUUACUGAUCAAUUUGGCGUUCUUCGUCUACUUCGGCACCAUCAUUCCAUGGGAGCAGUUCAACACCGACAUUCUCGGCAUCCACCCGUGGCAGCUGAUAGUGCUUGGGCUCCUCGUCCUAUUCUUCCGUCGGAUUCCAAUCAUGCUGGCUCUGAAGCCAGUUAUACCGGAUCUCAAGACAUGGCGUGAGGCUCUGUUCGCCGGUCACUUUGGUCCUAUUGGAGUUGGCGCGAUUUUCAUCUGCAUCCUUGCACGCGCGGAGUUGGAGACGGAGGGCACGACACCGCUCGCUGAGCUCCCACCUAAAGACUUCGAGCACAUGAAUGUCAUUGAGAUGAUUUGGCCGAUAACCGCGUUCUUGGUCAUCACGUCAAUCAUUGUGCAUGGUUCCUCGAUUGCUGUUUUCACGCUUGGAAAGCGAAUCAAUACCCUCACUCUCACAUUGUCAUAUACUCAAGAUCCUGCGGAAGGUCCCGGUUGGAUGGAACGGUUACCCCGGAUCCAGUCCAGGUCAAAGAGUCAAGCUUCGACGCGCCGUGCGGAAAGCGUUGACUCUGCCCUGGAGGAAAAGGUUGAGCUCACUCCUGGCGGCCUGGCCGUCCCAAAGAAUUUCCUACGCCGACAAAAGGAAGAAGAUGCACCAUCGCGAUCAUCCAGUGCUCGACCGUUCCGCAGACGAAAGAGAGAUUCGUCUGGAUAUGGUCUUGGAGGGCCCAUCUCUCAAAGUGCAAUCGAGCCGCUAUCUAUGCGGCAGAGCGAGUCAGAUAUCACUGGUGUUGUUUCUCCUACGGAGUCUGGCAGACAAAUUUCCGCGACAUCGCCUGAAGACGAUUCCUUGGUCACGGAGACGGACGGCGCUCCUCUGAAAAUCACCUUAUCGAGCUUACCACCCCAAGUUAGUGAAAUCUAUCACGAGGGAGACCACUUCGUCUUCGAGGACCGUGGUGGAAAUGUACUAGCUGUGACGCAAACUCGGGGCGAAAACGAUGACGAACGAAUUAAAAACGCGCAGGAAGACUUAUUAUCGCAGUUUGAGUCGCGAGGAGACGAGGAAUCUAGGGGGCGCCCGCGCACUCCGAAAUCCAGAAGAGCUUCCGCUAUACCUGAAGCAAAGAAGGAGGAGGUCUCCGAUCAGAUCGAACCUGUAUCAGCCCCGGACCAUCACCUUUGGAACUGGCACGAGAUACGACGCCGCGUGGGUCAAAUCAGACACCAUGAUGGUGGAGAGCUCGAAGACCCAGCUAAAGGAAAAGGGCAAAAACGAGGACCGGCCUUGGCGUAUCAAUUUGGCAAUACCAUCAUCGUCGAGGACGAACAUGGCGAAGUCAUCAAGAAAUUCGAUAUUCCCGUGCAGAAGAAAUCCGAUCGACCUGUUCUUGAGCGCCGAGCAACCAUCAUGGACGCAAGCAGCGCAUGGACUAAAGAUGCAGUUCACAAGAUGGGUGGUAUGUUCGGUGCUCAACGGCUAGGCGAGGCCGGUCCUUCAACUGCAGGCCCCUCGGGUCCCGCAAAGAAACCCCAUGACGCUGACGCCGACGACGAUCGACUACGGUUCCGCGUCGCCGCCGGUGGCCGUAAAAUGUCGACUGCUGAGUUCAUUGAGUCGUUCCGUCAAUUAGAACCCAAAGCUCGCAUGCUUGCUGUCAACAACUCGGACGCACCGGAGCAUGUGAAACAAGAAAUCAAAGCCGAUGCCAUGGCGCAGCAAGUUCAAAAGGCGCGCGGCGCCCCGGCCGUCAACAUCGAGGAGACAUCCUCCGGCUCCGUCUCGCCCUCUCGCCGUGCGCAAGAUCCUGCUCGUCCAUCCUCAACCCGGUCGAAUUCACCGCGCAACGCCCCCCCACGAUCGUCGGAAUAUACUCGUCUCGAGCCCAUCCAGUCCCGUUCUUCUCACACGGACGACGAAGGCAGUCACGAGGUUCCCACGCAUCCCCUUGCUGCUGACCUCGCCCGUUUUAAUUUCGGCAACCACGGCGGCCAGGAAACGCCAGCCAACCGACGCAGACGGCUCGUCGCCCGUGUCGUCCACACGCCUUCGGACCAAGCCGAGCAAGCGCCCGACGACAACGAAGGCGAAACCACCGCCGAACGGAAGCGAAGAGAGGGCGCGUUAGGCAUCACGGGCGGUGACGAGAACAGUGAGAGCAGCGACGACGAAGAA